AAUGUCCACUCUUCUUCUUCUUAACCUUCUUCAACUUAGGACCACUCUUCUCAACAUGACCUCUCUUGAGCUUGAUUGGUUCUUUGACUCAACGCAAGUACUUUCUUCAUUAUCUUAGCUUCAGUACCUAAGUCUUCUUGACCUUCUUCUUUGCUUAGUUUAUUGAAGUCACAUUUCCUUGAUAUCUUCACCUUGUCAAGCUUUUCUUAAGUCAUACCAUCUUGAAUGUAUAUUGGAUAUCCUUCUUCUCUUGUGAUAUACAUGAUCUAUAUUCUGACUCAGCUUCUAUGGAAUAGCACAAUGACCCCAUGUGUUGAACCUUGCAUGCUUCUGACUGAAUUCUUGUUCAACACUUAACAACCAUAUUAGUCUUUUGUUGUGUUGGAAUCUAAACACCAAAACCAACAAAAGGGCUAGAUGCACUUUCAGUAUUAUAGCCUACCAGUAUUAGGGAGCAUCGCUCGAUAGGGUGUAUGUACUGUUUUGGGAACUUGGAUACCACAACCACGAUUGUCAACUCCCUGGUGUAACAACAUUGGGGCUACCUAGCUCCAACGAAUGCACAUUUUCAUCAUCACACCAAACAUGUGAAAGUUGACUAUCACUUUGUUCGUGAACGAGUGAUGUCUCACCAAUUUGAUGUGUGGAUCCUAUCCUCUAAAGAUUAAGUGUUCGAUAUCAUGAUAAGCCUUUGGUUGUUCACUAUUUUAAAAGAUUUAUAAAAAUAUGAACUUAAUUUCACACCGUCCAGAUUGAAUGGGGUGUCAAAGAUAAAAUAUUAUAUAUAGUAUGUAGCAAAGGGUCAUGCGCUAUUGAUUCGGUUGGGCUUGGGGAUACACUCUCUAUUAUUGACAAUACUGCUACCUGCCAUAUAAAUCAUUCUCUUCUACAUUUCUCUUUAUAUAUGAGUACAAUCUAAAUAGGACCUGCCUUGCGCCACUUCAACAUAUAGCAGGAGAAGGUUCAAGUAUUCACUGUUGCUAUAGGUGUACAUUUGGGCCGCCCGGCCCGACCCGGCCCAAGCCCGAAAAGGCCCGUAUUGUUUGAAUUUCGGGCCGGCCCGGCCCGUUUGAAUUUUGGGCCGUGCCGGGCCGGCCCAUGGGCCUAGCCCUCGGCCCACGGCCCGGCCCGUAAUUGCUUAAACGUGCCGGGCUCAUUUUGGGCGGCCCGAAAUUAUAAAAGCCCGAAAUUCAAUUUUUGGCCCGAAAUUCACAUUAGGGCCCGAAAUUCAAUUUUUUGCCCGAAAUUCAGUUUUUAGCCCAAAAUUCACAUUAGAGCCCUAAAUUCAAAAAAUAAUAAAACAAAUAAAAGAUAAGACAAAUAAAUUUGAACAAAAUCAAACUUAAUAUUUGUAUUAAUUAAAGUUACCACAGCUAUGCAAUGACUACCUCAUUUAUAAAUCAUUUGUUCAUAACAAAAGCAAAAAUUACAUCACACACUCUAAUUCAAAGCUACAAAAAAUAUCUAACUAGCAUUAUCUCUAGCUUUAUGUUCUUUAUCAAGUAUAUGAAAGUGUGAAAUUAAGUGUGGUUUUAAUAAAUAUAUGGGCCUUUUCGUGCCUCUAUAUGGGCCAUUUCGUGCCUGCCUUAAAUGGGUCGUGCCCGUGCCCGCCCAUGGGCCGUGACCUCGGCCCAAACCCGGCCCGAUAUAACGGGUCGUGCCGGCCCGGCACUAAAUUAUUUCGGGCCGUGCCGUGCCUGGGCCGUGCUUUUUUUCCGUGCUUCGGGCCGGUCCAUCAGGCCCGGCCCAAAUGUACACCUAUAACUGUUGCCUACUGGUCAUAGGUAGGGCUGAAAGUUGGGUCGUUCGUGCUAGCAUGGCUCGAGCCUAUCGUGCUUCAGGCUAAUCUUUUUCGUGCCAGCACGACAUGAAAUAAUUUCGGGAUGGGUCGUGCAGUGCCUAGAUACUAAAAGCUAGGUCUGGCCCGAAGCACGACAGGCCGAUGAUCAUGUCGAGACGGCCCAAGCACAGCACAGAUAAAAAAACUUGUAUAUAUCUAAAAAUACAUCCUCAGAAUAUUCAUGACUUUGCUAUAGACUAAAAUCAUAUGUGAAAAGAAAUCAAUAUUUUUAUAACUUUUGUGAAGAGAUAAAAAAUAUUGGAGCAUGAAAUAACCAUUUAGACACUAGUUUUCUAAUUCGUGUCUCACUUCAUGUCGUGCUGGCCCAAACAUGGUCCAUCUAGUCGUGUCGUGUCGUGCGUGCCGCCCAUCGUGCCUAAGAUUGAGGCACCAUUUAGGUCGUGUCGGCCCGAUCCAUUUUUUUAUGUUGGACUGUGUUUUGAGCUCUUAUUUUCGUGUCGUGUCGUGCCGUGCCGGUCCUAAAUGGCCCGGCCCAAACUUUCGGGUCAAGUCGUAGGAGUUAUUGCCUACUGGUCCUAUGAGGUAUUUGCUUAUCUUGAGGGGGAAGGCUGCACAUUAUUUGCCUCCCCUACUUCAUCUGGUUAGUACGGUUGGCAAGGCAUAAAGAUAAAUGGUGUAUUUCUCUUUAUGUCCUUAUUUGGUCCGCGCAAAGCUUCUUUAUGCUUUGAAAUCCAGGAUGCAUGUUGCCCAAGGUAGCCGGCAGAUCGAUAGGCUGAAAGAAUGACAGGGGAGCUUCUAUUCUUCAAGCAUACUGAACUGCAAAUCUGAUGGACAAGCUACCACCUAUCAUACCUAUAUAUGUGCAGGUGGAGCAUGAAGUUCUGGUUUCUUGUAGCAUGUUGAAAACCAAAUUAGCAAGAGAGAGAGGGCACACACUGCAAAGAUGAGUCUCAUAAGAGGGAUGGGCAACGUUGCCAAGAGAUGGAAAGAACUCAAUGGCUUGAAUUACUGGAAGGGCCUAGUUGAUCCGCUCGACCUCGACCUCCGUAGGAACAUCAUCAACUACGGUGAGCUCUCCCAGGCAACCUACACCGGGCUGAACAGGGAGAGAAGAUCAAGGUACGCUGGGUCUUGCCUCUUCAACCGCAGAGACUUCCUCAGCAGGGUGGAUGUAUCAAACCCGAACCUGUAUGAGAUCACGAAGUUCAUAUACGCGAUGUGCACUGUCAGCUUACCUGACGGGUUCAUGGUCAAGUCUCUCUCAAAGGCUGCAUGGAGCAGGCAGUCGAAUUGGAUGGGGUUUGUUGCAGUAGCUACGGACGAGGGCAAGGAACUGCUUGGGAGGCGGGACGUGGUGGUGGCGUGGCGUGGCACCAUACGGAUGGUAGAGUGGGUCGAUGAUCUUGAUAUUUCCUUGGUGCCUGCUUCGGAAAUAGUUCUUCCAGGCAGCGCAGCCAACCCCUGUGUGCAUGGAGGGUGGCUUUCAGUCUACACGAGUGCUGAUCCAGGGUCACAGUACAACAAAGAGAGCGCAAGACAUCAGGUGUUAAACGAGGUGAAAAGGAUACAGGAUCUGUACAAGCCAGAGGAGACGAGCAUCACCAUAACAGGCCACAGCCUAGGAGCAGCACUUGCCACCAUCAACGCAACCGACAUCGUCUCCAACGGCUACAACAGGAGCUGCUGCCCUGUGUCCGCGUUCGUAUUCGGGAGCCCCAGAGUCGGAAACCUUGAUUUCCAGAAGGCGUUCGACAGCGCGGCGGACCUGAGGCUGCUCCGCGUCCGGAACUCUCCCGACGUGGUCCCCAAAUGGCCAAAGCUAGGGUACAGUGAUGUCGGCACAGAGCUGAUGAUCGACACAGGAGAAUCGCCGUACCUGAAGGCCCCUGGAAACCCCCUGACAUGGCAUGACAUGGAGUGCUACAUGCACGGGGUCGCUGGGGCUCAGGGGAGCAGCGGAGGGUUCGAGCUGUUGGUCGAUCGGGACGUUGCUUUGGUGAACAAGCAUGAAGAUGCCCUGAGAAAUGAGUUCGCUGUCCCACCGUCGUGGUGGGUGGUGCAGAACAAAGGUAUGGUGAAAGGCAAGGAUGGCCGGUGGCAUCUGGCCGACCAUGAGGAGGAUGAUGACUGAUGUAACCUGUCAACUCAUCUUCUACCAGUUUGUUACCAGAGAACACAUGUAUCGUUGUGUUUAAAACUGUACCUGACUGAUUUUCUGUAUCCAAAUCAUAACUUCCGUUGGCUUUUAUCGGUUGUAAUAAAGCCUGAAUACACAUGCUUGCAUAGUUGGAUUAAUUAUUACGAAACAGUUUUUUUCCAUUUA